AUGAAGAUGUCUUUGAGAAGUGAUGCUAGAAGAGAAAGGGAAAAGGAUCGGAUCAGUGAGUUACCUGAACACCUAAUUCAUCACAUUUUCUCAUUUCUUGAUAUCGUUUCUACAAGUAUUCUGUCUACAAAGUGGAGGUAUCUGUGGACAUCCACUCCAAUUAUCGAUUUGUGUGUUUCUGGAAUGGUGGAGGUCAUUCCAUAUAUGAUAUUUGUGGAUGGAGUUUUGUUUUUCCGUCGGGGUGAUGAUUCGCCUCCAAUAAAGAAAUUCUGUCUCUAUUCAGAUUAUAGUUUUGAUCAAUCUAGGGUUUAUCGAUGUAUUUCUACUGUACUUGAACAUAAAGUUGAAGAGAUUGUUCUCAGGGAUGAUGCUGAUAUUAUAUUACCUCCAUGCCUUUUUACUUGCGAAUCGAUCCUUCGACUCUCUGUCGAAUUGGAGGAUGAGCACUCGAUUCCGAAGUUGCUUUGCAACUCCGCCAUUCUUGAAGAGUUGGAUUUGGUAGUGCUUUAUGGAUCAGUUGCACCAUAUCUAUGUAUUCAUAGCCAGAAUUUGAAGCGGUUGAUUAUUAACACUGCCGAACAUGACUUGGAUGUCCAGAUAAAUGCACCGAAUGUACAGUUACUCAAAUUCCGUUCAACUAUUGGCAAGGAUUUUGUUCGGCAUAAUUUCACAGCAUUACUUGAUGCAAAAUUUUUCCUUUCAGCUGAAACUUUCCUUACAUCUUUAUAG